UUCUAAUACUGCUCCUUCUUCUUUUACCUUCGCUGUUACUCCUUUAUCUCUUGCUCUUCCCUUUGUUAACAAAUUUGUUGAUCUUUAUAAGACCAAAUUGUUAGCAAUCUCUUCUUUAAGAAACAAAAUCACCUCUUUAGAUAAUAAAUCCAUUGACUAUUAUUGCUCACUUUCUCUUAAAAAUCUUCCUCCCACUCUUGUUCCUACUAUUCAAAAUGAAUUGUCGCAAGAAAUUCAUAAAGUCUUGGCUAAAAAGCACAGUAAUUUCCUCUCGGAAAAACUCACUUUACUUUUUAAGGAACAAGAACAAAUUUGUGAAAACUAUACCAAGCAAUUAAAUGAGAAGCUCAAUAAGAUGCAAACUGAACUUCAAAUCAAUGUAAGUAGUGGUUCAUUAAAGACUGAACUCACUACGACGUACUCAAACUCUGCUAAAAACAGAAUAGAGAGUACCUUAUGGCAAUAUAAUGAAAAAAUAUUGCAACUUAACAUCGAGCACUUUCUCGAUAUUGAACCAGUAAGAAAAAUAGAUUUUAUUUCAUAUAAUGAACUUAAUAUUCCAUUUGUUGAAAACUAUAUCACAAAAGAAUUUAAUGCUUCUAAUACUUCUAAUAUUUUAAAGCUGUGA